GGCAGAGGGGGAGAGAGCGUGAGAAAAAGUGGCAGCGGUGUGCAGGUCACCACAUCAUGUCAACUAACUACCAACUAUGAUCUGCCUCCCACUCCUCAGCUGCCAUUAAAGCAUGUAGAUACACCGGGAUCCACGAGGUCCUGCAAGAGUGUGGAGAUAAGGCGAAAGCAGUCCCAGAUUCAGAGUGUGAUUCAGGCCAUGGAGGAGAGCUAUGAGGUGGACCUGGUCUACAUCACAGAGAGGAUCAUCUCUGUCUGCUUCCCCGCCGGCGCCGAGGAGCACAGCUACACCACCAACCUCAAGGAGGUGGCAACGAUGCUGCGGUCCAAACAUGGCGAGCACUAUCUGAUUCUCAACCUGAGCGAGUGGAGGAGUGACUUAUCAAAGUUGAACCCUAAGGUUGUGGAGUUCGGAUGGCCGGACCACCACGCACCGGCACUGGACAAGAUCUGCAGCAUGUGCAAGGCCAUCGACACGUGGCUCAAUGGAGACCCACGCAACGUAGUGGUUCUGCACAACAAGGGGAACCGAGGUCGAACAGGGGUGGUGGUGGCUGCGUACAUGCACUACAGCAACAUAUCCGCAAGUGCUGACCAGGCGUUGGACAGGUUUGCCAUGAGGCGCUUCUACGAGGACAAAGCACUUCCUGUGGGCCAGCCGUCACAGAUAAGGUAUGUGCGAUACUUCAACGGCCUCCUUUCCGGACACAUAAAGAUCAACAACAAGCCUCUGUUCCUGCAUCAUGUCAUCAUGCACGGCAUACCCAACUUUGAGUCCAAAGGAGGCUGCCGUCCUUUCCUGAAGAUCUACCAGGCAAUGCAACCAGUCUAUACGUCAGGAAUAUACAAUGUGCAAGGAGACAGCAACACCAGUAUCUGCAUCACUAUCGAGCCCGGCCUGCUUCUGAAGGGAGACAUCCUGUUGAAGUGUUACCACAAGAGGUACAGGAACUCCACCAGGGACGUGAUGUUCAGGGUGCAGUUCCACACCUGCGCCAUCCACGACCUCGGGGUGGUGUUUGGGAAGAAUGAGCUGGAUGAUACCUUCAAAGGUAACGGCUCUCUGGAUGAGCGGUUCCCAGAGUAUGGGAAGGUGGAGUUUGUUUUCUCAUAUGGACCAGAAAAAAUCAAAGGCCUGGGCCACCUAGAGAACGGGCCAAGCGUCUCUGUGGACUACAACACCCAGGACCCUCUGAUCCGCUGGGACUCGUACGAGAGCUUCAGCCAGCACUGCGAGGACACUGUGGAUGGCGAGCAAGAUGUUGUUCACACCCAAGGUCCACUUGAUGGAAGCCUAUAUGCACGAGUCCGCAAGAAAGACUCCCUGGAGGGAGUUGUCACCAUCAAUGGCCUCCCAGUCCAUGAAAACCCCUUGACCAAUGCCGAGAACCCGUUACAACACCCCAGUCAUCCCCUCCAAACCACUGAGCAGACCCUUCCUGUGACAGGCCACGCCUCCCUCCCUGCCGUCGAUCACACCCUCUCCGUGAGCAGCGACUCAGGCAACUCCACCGCCUCCAUCAAGACCGAUCGCACUGAUGAGCACAGCCAGUCUGUGCAGGGCGCCGUGAACCACAACAACCCAACAGCGACCCAACCACCGCUCAGCCCGCAGGAGAAGAGAGAGCUCGACCAGCUUCUGAGCGGCCUCGAAGCACCAACCCAACAACGACAAGCCUACCUGUCCACGUCCACCAGUCCAGGAGGAGGUGUCCGACAUCUGGUCCCAGCGCAGGUGCACGUCAACGGAGGCCACACCAGGCUGGUUGGCGCCGCUUCAACAGAGGAGCGUGAGACAGAAAUUCUAGACGACGAGCUGCCUAACAGCCAAGAGGGCAACAGUGUGGACAGCCUGGGAACAAUCUCAUCCCUGGAGGGCCAGGCCACACCGGCUGACCUCUACUACCAAUCACAGACGCCCACCGGCAGGCAGAACGACGGACCCUACCUUGAGAGAGUUGUUCUCGGGGAAAAGUUGAGCGAGAUGCCCGUGCACGGAGUACGAACGCCCACGACAAUGCAAGAGAGGUCUGUUGACUCUGCAUCGCCGCAGGGGGGAUACAGCAACUACCAGAACGGAGAAGGGAUGUACCGUUCACAGUCCUUUGGGAAUCCGGCGGCCAGCAGCCCAGAGACCAACCAGAAACUGAUGCCCAGGGCCCCAGAGAGGAGCACCAGUAGCCGGGAGGCUGUUCAAAGAGGUCUCAACACCUGGCACCAGUAUAGUCUCCCAGAUGAUCCCUUUGGCCCUCCUCUUCAGUCAACCCAUAGCUUGCCCCACUUCCCCACCUCAGCCUCUCAGCGGGACAUUGAGCAGUCCAUUGAGGCGCUCAACAUGCUCAUGCUUGACCUGGACCCUAUCAACUCCCACAUGUCAAAGUCCCACAGUGCACCUCCUGGGGAGGACAGCCUCAGUUCAUCCCAGGCACCUUUCUCGCAGACCCUUGCAAGACCCUCAUACCAAGCAGACUCUGCCAUCCAUGGCUACAACAACUCCGGCUCUGUCAACAACUCCUUUCAUCAGCCCCUGAGGCCGACUGGGAGAGCGUUGCCCAACCAGAGCCCCCUAAUGGAGUCCCCAGUCUAUUCUCCCCAGAGGUCCAACGCUGGCUACCAACACCAAAACACCACCCCUACACACACCCCAGAGCCCUACCUCCAAACACGCCAAGCAGCCCACCAUUACCCCCCAGAUCCAUCCCCCAGUUUCAACCAGCAGGUGCCAGUGAAGCCUGUGAACUCGUAUCCAGGAAGCGGGGUUUCCCACUCCCCGGACCUGCAGGGCUCGUCUCCUUAUCCAGGCUACAGUGCUUCUUCCUCUCCUCUACCCACACUCACCCCCCAGCCAAAAGACACGUCUUCUACUUCCUUGCCAAGAGAAAAAGAUGCAGAGGAGGAGACGCUUAACUUGGAGGGCCUGGUGGCUCACCGCAUCGCACGGGUUCGGUCCAGAGGAAUGACCCCAGAAGUGACGCAGGAGACGGGUCGACGUCGGACAACCAGUGAGGGACAGUACCAGAGCAGCCAUGAUAACACGCCGAUGGUGGAUUCACCGGAUUUCGCCCACAAUCUGUCCCUCAACCCGGGAGGACGACCCAGAGAGGGUCACAUGCACAGCUACCGGGAGGCGUUUGAGGACGACGACGCAGAAGAGUUUGACAACAGUCCCGCCUUCGGAGGCGGUGGUGAGAAUUCCCCCCCGACCCCCAGCUUCCCUGUGUCGCCACAGACUCCUUACUUCAACAUGUCUCGCUCUCCUCCAGGUUUGACUAAGACUCCUCUGUCAGCGCUGGGACUGAAGCCUCAUCACCAGGGCGGAUCAGAUAAUCGCAGUUUUGGGGACCCCAGAGCACAACCAUUCAACGUUCCUCUCUCCUCCAGCAGUCCCGUCCACGGCGCUGAUGGAAGGAGGCUGGGUUCUUCGCCGCACAGUCCGGUCCCCUCCUACCCUUACAGACCCGCCUCCCCCGAGGGCUCCCAGGUGAACAUCAUGGGCGUCCACACCGUCCCCGGCAGCCCCAACACCCUCCACCGCACAGUGGCCACCAACACGCCGCCAAGCCCUGCCCUGCAGAGACGACUGGGUCAAGCUAGCCCCUCACUGGCCAGACACACUACUGCAGCCGGCAUCCCCUCCAGCCCUCUGAUUGGCCGAAACCCUAAAACGGCAGGAGCUGGCGUGCCCCCCAGCCCACUGAUGGGGCGCCGCACUAUGACGAGUGGUCACAGCACACCUGACGAGCUGGGGGCUGCUUCUCGGCAGGGGAGCGCCCAACCGCCCUCCACGCCUGCCUUCCCCGUCUCCCCACAGCUGCCGGAGAAGAGGCACAUGUCCAGCGGAGAUGUUGAGAGGACGGACAACAAGAACCUGACGCCGGCCAGCGGUGGCAGCACACCAAACCUGACUGGCGCACACACACUCCCAGACGUCUCCAAGUCCAUAUACGAUGGUUAUCCAGACAUUAAGAUGAAUGUCAAGUUUGUCCAGGACACCUCCAAGUUCUGGUACAAGCCAGACAUCACCAGAGAGCAGGCCAUCAAUGUGUUGAAGGACAGGGAGCCCGGUGCGUUCAUCAUAAGGGACAGCCAUUCCUUCAGAGGAGCCUACGGUUUGGCCAUGAAGGUGGCCUGCCCCCCACCAACCAUCCAACAGAACAAAAAAGUUGGUGACAUGACUAAUGAGCUGGUGAGGCACUUCCUGAUUGAGACGAGCCCCAAAGGAGUCCGUCUGAAGGGUUGUCCUAAUGAGCCCUACUUUGGUUGUCUUUCGGCUCUGGUGUACCAACACUCGAUGACUCCACUGGCUCUGCCCUGUAAGCUGAUGAUCCCCGCCAAAGACCCAAAUGAGGAGGCGUUGGAGCUCGCCACACCUACUGACCCAGUUGUUGAACUUCUGAAGCAGGGAGCAGUUCAUAAGGUUCCUGAGGAAGCCCAUGCGUGCAAUGUCUUCUACAUCAACUCCGUGGACAUGGAGUCUCUCACGGGGCCUCAGGCCAUUGCCAAGGCGAUCAGUCUUACACUGGCGACCAACCCUCUGCCUGCAGCGACCACCGUCCACUUCAAAGUGUCCACGCAGGGCAUCACGCUCACGGACAGUCAGAGGAAACUUUUCUUCAGGCGACACUAUCCCAUCAACACGGUGACCUACUGCGACAUUGAUCCCCAGGACAGAAAAUGGGGCAAAGAAGGAGGUGGCUCAGUAAAGCUUUUUGGAUUCGUGGCGAGGAAACAAGGAAGCACAACAGACAACGUCAGCCACCUGUUCGCUGAGCUGGACCCAGAUCAGCCUGCCUCCGCGAUCGUCAGCUUCGCCUCCAAAAUGAUGAAGCGGUGAAACCCACGGCGUCUGAAUGGCAGUGGCCAUUUUGAAAAUCUUCCUUCGUCAUUGGUGUCUUUUUCCGCCAAGACUCGAUGAUGUCCUUUUCUUUCUGUUUCCUGUUGGUUUGUUUCUGUUUCCCUUCUCUCUCUCUUUUUCUCUCUGCCUUGCUGGUUUGUCUUUUUUGGAAGAGUCUCUAUUUGAGGGAUUUGGUGUGGAUCCAGAGUGGCGCUAGAGGAAGUGUGGUGUGGAACCGUGAACGUGACAAACAUGGAGGCCAUCGAAGGGAGAAAAAGUACUAACAGGGGAACCUGUACUAGAAGAAAAAGCUAGUUAAAGACUUAAGGAACAAUGCUAAGUUCUGUCGAGGAACACGUAAGGACUCGUAUGUUUCAGGGUUUUCCGUUGUCGUUUUUGUUGAUUGAUUUACCAAAGGUAGUUGCAAUACAAGUGCAAGAAAGAUGUAGCUAUUAAGCCAUUAUUAUUUCCUCUUUUCAAAAGAUGAAGCAUUGAACAAAAAAGAAAAAAAAAAAAGAAAAGAAAUACGGUUUCUUCUUGAACUUGUCUUCAGGAAAAAAGUUGGCCUUGAUGGCUUUUAGCAAAACAGUGUCUGAAGACCUUAUGCAUGUUAGCUUGAUCUUUAAGCUUGGUUCUUCUAUCUUCCACAAAAAUCAUUGUGAAAUCCUUAGAGUGGUCAUUUUUCGGGUCUGUUGUGUGUUGGAAAGGGCUCUGCAGUGAAACAACGACUGAUCUAAACUGCGCAUAGCAAACCAGACUUUUAAAAAAAAAAAAAACUAAAAAACGCCACGCUAAGUAAGGUCACCGCACCUUGUGUCAAUGCACACUCGCAUCACCUUGACGUCCGGUCCAAGCCUGAUCUCUCUCUCAAAAACUCGCUUAUUGGAUUUCCUGAAAUCAGCAAGCUCCUGAUAGCAUGGCAGUCGGAGAGAGGAAGACUGUUUGUCCACAAGAUGGCGCCACUCCUUCAGGCUUGGACCCGCUCCCUGAGCGUCACAUUGACUCGCCCCAUCACCAACUGCUUGCAGUAGUGGAUCUGUUGAUAGACGCUGCCACUGAAACACACUGGAAAUCACCAGGGACUGGCCCAAUGACCUGGACCUAUGCACUGUUCUUUAUGCAUGUUGUUGUCCCAAAUUGCACCCUCCCUCAUAGCUACAUUCAACAUCACUGAAAACAUUCUAUGCUGUGUGCUAAAAAUGACUUUAAAACCUUUAGACAAGUACACUGAGGUUGUAUGACUUGUCAAAGACUGCAUGAAAUAGACAAACAUUUUUGUACUCUUCUCAGAGUCCUGAAAAGAAGUAGACAACCCAUUGUUGAAGUAGUCACAUGAUGGCGAGAUGCUAUAUUUUUACUUUCGUUAUGUUUGGUCCAUUUGAGCCAGGGUUACCUUUCACUGUACCAAUGAUGGUCCGGUCUUUGUUUUUCCUUCCACAGUGUCGUCAAAAUUUACAUUUAGAUACCUUUUAGGGCAAAGAAGAAGAAGAAGAAAAAAAAAGGAGUUUCCACACUGUGCGCAAAAUGCCUGCUUGUUGAACACACGCUGAACCAUUCACAAUAAGCUAAGGAAAACUGAUAUAAAUGUACAUAGAUAUACUACUUUGAAAGGUGACAUAGCGAAAAAGUAUUUAUUUUUGUUGCUUUGGUCCCUCAUGAUUACUCAUAUAUACAUAUAUUGUACAGUCUAGAUAAAGAAGAUUACCUAAUGGGUUGAGAAAAAAAAUAUAUACUUAUUUUGGCUAAUGAUUUCAAAGUCUGACGAUUUUGAAAUGUGUUUGAAUAUAUGGUGUACAUUACUUUGUACAUGUAUAUGUUUGUUUUCGGCUCGUCAUGUUUUUUGUUUUUUCAUUUUUGCGUUCUCUCAGAACGAGGAAGGGCAUGAAUGAGAUAGAAGCGUCUGGAUUGCAUGGACAGAAGCAUUUGAGUGUGUUUCAGCAGCAGAAACACACUCUUAGAAGCAGAUGCGUUGUAGCUGGUAGAUCAUGUCGAUUUUUAGAAAAAAAAAGGGAAGCACGAAAAAGUCUAGAAGCCAACCUCAAAUGCAAUAUGAAAACAGCUGUAUGCACCCAUGACAGUUUCAUUUAUCAUUUUGCCAAAGAUUCAAACACUUUAUGCUGCAUGUCGCUUUUUACGUUGCUACUCCAUUUUUGUGUUUUACACUUUACUCCCUGUUCAGCUUUAGCAGCAGAUUUCAGAAAGCUCAACCAGUGUUAUUGGUCAUGCAACUAACACAAGGGGCCCUUGGGUUUAUACAGCGAGACGUUCAUCUCAUUCAGAUGACUUAUUAUCAAUUAGUUUUUACUGGUGUCUCAAUGCUCCAAAAAAUGUGCCCACCUCCAUCAGUUGUUCAAGAGAGAACAGGUCUGUUUUGCCCCAGUUGGAAGUAUGUAAACAAAGCACUUACAUUCACAAUACCAAAAGAAGAAAUCCCACAUGGGUGUCAUUGCUGAAAGGUAAAUGAAAAGUCACUGAUUUAUUUAUUCUUAUUUAUUUUCAUUUUUUUUCCUGACAUGUUUAAAAAAAAAAAUCUUGUUUCAUUGUCGCAUCAUAGCAGUUUUAACGGUCAGUGUUAACGGAUGGAGGAAUGUAUGGUGGCGCUUUACUGAGAGCAAAGAGGUACACUGCACUUAAAUCGACUACUAACAAGCUUUGUGCCAUUUUUAGUCAUUUUGAGAAAAAGAAAAAAACACUAAAUUAAAAAAAUUAAAUCUAAAAAUGCAUUUUACCUGUUGGCUUUGAGUCAAGAGUUACCUUGUUUCAGUGAAAAAGAAGAGAUUUGUGACCCCUAUGUACAGAUGGGACUUGUUGUAUGAAUGUGAUACUAUGAAUGUACAAAAGGGUCUCGGAUUUUGUUUGCGCUUAUCAUUUACAUUAUAUUGUCAUGGCUUACCUGUUCCUAAGGAGAAAAAAAAACAUUAAAGCAAUA